AUGUCUACUUCCAUUAUCCGUACCAUCAAAAAUAUCUAUUCGUCCGGACUUAAAAGGGCCGCGUGGCAAAUCCAAGUCCACAAUGAUACCAAAAGAGGAUGGCUUGUGGGCGAGGACGACUACGGUAACAAGUACUACGAAACCGACGUUCCAGAAGAAAUCCACUUGAGAACAAGAUGGGUCGAAUACGCUGACUGGGGCGUGGACAUGUCCAAAGUGGAGCCAGGUUGGCAUUACUGGUUGGGUUACGGAACGAACACCCCACCCAACAAAUUGCCCGAAAGCCAAAAGGCAGUGAGACCAUAUCCAUUGCAGAAGCACAAGAUGUCAUUGACGGGGACCAGGGGCGCCUAUGUGCCAUACAACACCGCUAAGCCAAAAACUGCUUCGUGGGUUCCAGAGGUGAGGGAAAGAGUCUAA